AUGUCCUCAUCCUCUUUGCCAGGUUCGGAUACCUUCCAGAGCCAGUCAGAUGAAUUCCUCACCUGGCUGGCUGGAAAGCCCGGCGUCCGAAUCAACCAUAAGAUUCAGAUCGCAGAUCUGCGAGCCCAAGCUGCUGGCAGAGGUGUCGUGGCUCGCUCCGAUCUCGACGAUGGUGAAGAGCUUUUUACCAUCCCCCGCGCACACGUUCUCUCCGUUCAGAACUCCCUCCUUAAGGCCCGUCUCCCCCAGGACCUCGAGUCCCUCGGUCCCUGGCUGUCUCUCAUCGUCGUCAUGAUCUAUGAGUACCUCCAGGGUGAUCAGUCCGUCUGGGCUCCGUACUUCAAGGUGCUGCCGCCCAGUUUUGACACCCUGAUGUUCUGGUCCCCCGAAGAGCUGCAGGAGCUUCAGGGCAGCGCGAUUGUCGAUAAGAUCGGAAAGCAAGGUGCCGAUGAAUCUAUUCUCGAGAUGGUGGCGCCUAUCGUAAGGGCAAACCCGACCCUGUUCCCUCCUGUUAACGGGGUGGCGUCGUAUGAGGGAGAGGCGGGCACCCAGACACUCCUUAUCCUUGCCCAUACUAUGGGUUCGCUGAUCAUGGCGUAUGCCUUUGAUAUCGAAAAGCCUGAGGAUGAGGAAGGCGGUCGCGACGGUGAGGAUGGAUAUUUGACCGAUGAAGAGGACGAGCAGUCCCUGUCAAAGGGGAUGGUCCCGCUGGCUGAUAUGCUGAAUGCUGAUGCUGAUCGAAACAAUGCCCGUCUCUUCCAAGAGGAAGAGUCUCUCGUCAUGAAAGCCAUCAAGCCCAUCAAGGCCGGGGAGGAGAUUUUCAACGACUACGGCGAGAUCCCGCGUGCGGACCUCCUGAGGCGCUACGGGUACGUCACGGGCAACUAUGCCCCGUUCGAUGUCAUCGAACUAUCACUCGAGCAAAUCUGCCAGGCUGCCGGUCUGGGCAGUGCCGAUGUCGAAUCCCAACCUCCGCUCCAAUUCCUCGCGGAGAUCGAACUGCUAGACGAUGGCUAUGCCAUCCCCCGGCCAUCCGCCGGAGAGUCCCUGACAGACGUCCUCCCAGACGAACUUCUCCUGCUGCUUACGACAUUGUCGCUGCCCGCCGAUCAGCUGGAGAAGUACAGAUCGAAGAGCAGACCCCCGAAACCGGCCUUCGGCGAAACGGAAGCAGUCAUCAUCGCCAGAGCGCUUCAAUUGAACCAGGCGCGCUACGCCACCUCCAUCCCCCAGGACCAGGAACUCCUCUCCCAGCUGCGCCAAGCUGAAGCCUUCGGCCCCUUGGAGGGAUCCCUCCGUCGCAAGAAGAUGGCCAUCGAGGUCCGCAUCGGCGAAAAGGAGAUCUUGCACGCUUUGGCCGACAUCCUCAGCAACCAGUUCGGCGCUGCGCUCCACACGAACGGCGGUUCGGCCUUGAAGCGGGCCGCCAAUGGUGAUGUCGAUGAGCAGCCUAGGAAUAAAGCUUUUCGCUGA